AUGUCCCUACGGAUUCUGGGCUCACAUGAAAAGGAGAGUGAUCUCAUGAAAGGGCAGAACAAUUUAAGAAAGUUGCAAGUGCCUGUGGAAAAUCUGGAGAUGGUCAGAAGUAUGUGGCCAUGGGUAAAGAGCAUGCUUCUGAAGACUGGACUUGACAAAAGCAAAGAAUUGCUGAAGGGCCUUAAAGGCUUUGACCCAAGUGACCGAUACUUUUAUAAUACAUCUUGGCCAGAUGUUGCUCCAUGGGAAUUUUUCAGAAAGCAAAGGAGAUACUGAAGCAAGCCAUACUGCUGUAGCCUGUGCGAAUACUCAGCAGAUGUGCUUACUUCUCUGAAAAAUCAUUUGCAUCAUUGCCAUGAAGAUGAGGCUGACAAAGAGUUGCAGAUCCAGUGUCCAGAUUGCUCAUUUGUUUCACGGCCUGAUGUGGUGAGCAAACACUUCCAGUUGUUCCAUGAGGCUGCUGUGAAAGUUCACAGCCCCAAGGACAAGGUUCUGGGCAAUGGGAAGCCACUGAAGGGUUGUAUAAAACAUUUCACAUGUUUAAAAUGUAACUUUUCCAACACUUCCUUCUGGAGCAUGAAGAAGCAUGUGCUGAUCACCCAUUUUCACUCUUUACUUAAUGCCUAUAUUGGCUUUCACACUAAGGAAGACAAGAAACAGUUAACAGCCAGUGAUAUUCCUUCUGUGGCAAGCACUCUACCACCUGAAAGAUACAUUUGUAAAAAGUGCAGUACCAGGAUGGGCAGCCAGGAUGUUCUGAUGGCCCAUAUUUUGACAUCAUAUAUACACAAGGAUUUGGAGAAUAAGUUGAAGUCUAUAAUUUCGAAGACAAAAAUAGGCCGGGGCUUCGGGAGCAAACGCCCAUUGUUGCAAAGCCUUCUACCUGAAGGCCAGUCCAACCACACACUGAGGCUUUCAUCUCCAUCAAAUGACCUUUUCUCAGGCAAGGCUUCACCUAAUAAGCCUGUAGACCUUCCUGCACUAUCUGUGAGCCAGCCACUUGGGCCUGUGAAUAAGUCUGUUGGAGUGAUUCAAGCCAUCGAGCCUGAGAUUUUACCACCCACACAGCCCAUGGGGUCUACAAGUCGACCUGCAGGGCCUGCAGUCAGAUCAGUGGGGCCUGGUACUCUGACAUCUGGCUAUUUAAACAACCCUGGGUUUCUCCAGAACACGCCACCAGGAACAAUAUCUGUGGGUGAGCUGGUCUCAUUGGCAGGCCUUCCUGAGGGUGAGAUGACCUCUGCUUCUGUGAUUGUUGCACAGAGUGCAGCUUCUGGAGUUCUCCCCACUGGUCAAGCAUUCCAGGCCACACUUCCCCAUAUAGGUCAGACAGUCUCCUCACGGGUUCUUACCUCUUCUCAGACAAUGUCUCAUAGGGUUUUCCCUACAGGUCAAGUGGUAUCAUCUGGGUUGCUAACCUCCCAAACUGUGGUGGUCUCAGAUGUCCUUGUGAACCAGGGUGUGAGUACUGGUAUUCCUCUGCUUGGUCAGCCUGUUAACUCAGGUCCAUCUGUUGGGCCCAGUAUGCUUCAACUCAGUCAGUUUGUUGGCACCAGCAUCCUGCUGGAGAGCCAGUUAGUAAGAGCUGACACUUCACACAACACCCUGUUCCUCCAGUCUGGCUCUGUUUUCAGGAAGCUGCUUCCAACAGGAUCACAGGUCAAUGGGAAGCCCCUUUACAUGCUGGACCCCAUGCCUGUUACUCUGCCUAUUCCUCAGGGCUCUACCAUCAUGACUGUUUCAUCCCAGGUGUCUACCUAAUUCCUACCCCCCCAGUGUGGUAUGCUGAUCUCCACUGCUCCAGCCAGCUUGUAUUCCUCCCCGGGGCUGGUAAGCAAUGCAGACCAGAACAUAUUUGUUCAGGUCUCCUCACCUGAGGUGGAUAUGAAUCUGGUUGCCAACCAGGCCAAGCAGUGGAAAAUCUGCCCAGUUUAAAAUGUGUUCUUCCCAUCCAGUGUCUACCAGGCACACAUGGAAGGGGCUCACAAAUAAAGUGAUUUCAACUCCAGUGAGGAAUGGAAAAUCUGCCCGGUUUGCAAUGUGUUCUUCCCAUCAGGUGUGUACCAGGAUCACAUGGAAGGGGCUCACAAACAAAGUGAGUUCAACUCCAGUGAGAACGUUGAACCAGUAAAGCUGGCCUUGCGUGCACCGUUCCUGAAGUGGACAAGAGAGAGGCCCAUGCAUUGCCUCUCCUGCAAAUGCCUAGUCUCAGAGGAGGAGCUAAUGUACCAUUUACUCACACAUGGCUUGGGGUGCCUGUUUUCCCCAUGUACUUUCCACAGCAUUCAGUGUCUCUUGGAGCACAGCAAAAUUAAACACCUGGGGAGGAAGAAGCUGUUGUUGGAUUAUCUUAACAGGGGCUUCCAGUUGAGCCUAGAAGCUGAUGGCAACCUGUUGUUCCCCCAUCUUGAUUUCAUCAUCACUCUGCCAAAAGAGGAGAUUGGAGAACAGGAGGUCCACCUGGCUAUCCUCUCAGGCACAUAUUCCACAUCACUGGUGCCCGUGUAUCUCAGAAAAGGAGAGCUGACCUUCCCGCUCUGUUUGACAAUAUUUAUGGUAGCCAAUGCCUACAUGUUACACUUGAAGGACAGAGAACAUAUUAUGCCCACCGACUGUACAAUACUCAAUUCUCCCACAUUUAGGAGUGUCCACUGUGGUGGGAUCUACCCUGGAAUCUUGACUGUGGAGGCUAUCACUCUAUAUUUGUUGUAUUGUUCACAUGCACCCAAAGACAGCUCAGACCUGCCAUUUCAGUCCAGUUUUGUUGAAAAGAGUGAACUGCAGUUUGCCAGUGAGGAAAAGGUUACAGAUUCUAACUGUCCCUUCAAAAGAAAAUGGCCAGAUGGCCAUCAGGGUGCAGAAGACCAGAAGAGGGAUGGGAAAGGGCCCUUGUGUGUACUGGGUAAUGAAGCAUCAGAUCCAGAAGAAGGGACAAGUGCUGUGACUUUGAAGAGACAAAGGAAUGAAAGUGCAACUAAGGAACUUGAGGCCAGUAAUGAUUCACUCCAGAUCCUAGCAUUAGAUCCUACUGAAUGCAAAAACUACCCCUUUGAGGAAAAAAAAAAGCAGUUUCUUAGAGAUUAUUUCCAAAAGAAACCAUAUCCUAGCAGAAAAGAAGGUGAGUUGCUGUCUUUAUUUUUGAAGAUGGAAAAAGUUAUUGUGGCUUUGUUUUUUGGAACAAGAAGAUAUAUUUGCUUGAAGGCAAGAGAAGAUCACAGACCCUCAAUACUUCUAGGUUUUGAUAUGUCUGAACUUAAAAAUGUUAAACACAGACUG